GAGAGAAACUAUGAGUAGCGCGCUAAAUUGAAUGUUGCUUUACAUUUUUUGAGUCUGAGUAAAAGCAUAAAGUACAAUAAUAAAUACAGAUUAAAAGUGUUUUGCUCUCGAUUUGAUUACGAGCUGAAAAUAUACGCGUUUUUACUUGCUGUGUUGUGUACCCGUCUCUACAUACAUACUUACGUAUAUAUGUAUAUGUGUUGUUUUGUAAAAAUAUUACAUAGCAAGCAAGCUACGCCUUUCCAGUAACGGUGUAUCAACGACAGACAGCAUAUUAUAUUUCUGUCGAGUAAUACCAAUUGGACUUACGUAAAUUAUAAUAUACUCCUGCAUUUAUAGUGGAUAACUUGAGUUUUUCAAUAAAGAGAAAAAUUGUCAAGUUAAAAUUAAGGCCCAGAACAAUAGCAACAGCAACAGAAACAGCAGAACUUGACUAUACAAAAGGAAACGUUGCAUCAAAAUGGCAGAUGUAGCUACCAUACCCUUACGUUUUUCUGCAUUAACAGGAUUAGUUACAAGAAGCACUACAACGUGCGAUCAAGUGGACAAUAUAACAAAUGCCACAUCGACACAACUAUUCAAAGCACUUGUAAACAGAAUGAAUGAUAAGUAUCAUCGGGAGGAAGAGCGCUUAAGAACGUACGAUGCAUGGCCACACGAUUGGCUGAGCAAGGAGAUGCUGGCUAUGACGGGCAUGUUCUAUACGAAUGAAGGCGAUAAGGUCAAGUGCUAUUUCUGCGAGGUGGAAGUCGGACGUUGGGAGCGUGACGAUCAACCCGUACCUGAGCAUCUAAGAUGGUCACCCAAUUGUCCACUGUUGCGGCGUCGCACCACCAACAACGUGCCCAUAAACAGCGAGGCCCUAGACCGAGUCCUGCCACCAAUCAGCUACGAUAUCUGUGGAGCAAACGAUGCUAUCGAAGUGCGAGAGCAUGCCUAUUCAGAGGGACGGCUCCCCCGCUCCCACAUCAUUCAGUCGACUGGUGUGAAUACGAUCCCAAAUGGAGGUUUCGGUGGUGGCUCACUUCAAGUGGUCACCACAGGCACCUCGAUGUCGCCCAGCCAGAUGGCCAGUGGCGGACCGGUGCUAAUGCCGCCACUGCCACUGCCCCGUGGAAAUUAUUUUCCCGAAUAUCCCGAAUAUGCCAUCGAGGCGGCACGCCUGCGUUCUUUUGCCGAAUGGCCGCGCAACAUGAAGCAGAAGCCGCAGCAGCUAGCCGAGGCGGGUUUCUUCUACACCGGUCUAGGGGAUCGUGUACGAUGUUUCAGCUGCGGUGGCGGACUCAAGGAUUGGGACGACAACGACGACCCCUGGGAGCAGCACGCCCUAUGGCUAAGCCAGUGCCGCUUUCUAAAGCUGAUGAAGGGCCAACUCUUUAUCGAUACGGCACAAGCGCAGGGCGCCAAGCCAGACGACGAACAGCAGGCUGCCCAAGACAAGCCAACCCAAAUGGAAACAUCCACAACAACAACAACAACUACUACAGAAACCGAGACCGUGUCGAUGGGGUCGCAAUGCAAUGGAGAAGAGGCAGGCGGCAGCGCUACCACCGCCACAGCCACCAGCAACGAGGGCGACGUGGUACCUCAAACAGCUGCCACACGCAUCUUCGACAAGAUACUGGCAUCAAAGGAUGUCUUAGCUGCCAGCACCAGCGGUGCCAACAACACCAACAACACCUCCCCCACCAUACCCGAGGAGAAGCUCUGCAAGAUUUGCUAUGCCGGCGAAUACAAUACGGCUUUCUUGCCCUGCGGCCAUGUGGUUGCCUGCGCGAAAUGCGCAUCCUCCGUGACAAAGUGUCCAUUGUGCAGGAAACCCUUCACCGAUGUCAUGCGUGUAUAUUUUUCUUAAACAUGAGAAUAAGCGCGGCCAAUUUUUCAACUAAUAAUUUUAAAAUAUUAAUAGUGACCACAACUCUCUGUGUUCAAGUGCAGAUACCAGCUUAGCU